AUGGAUACCCAACUCCAAUCUCUCCCAUCUCCAGUCACAAUCCUCGAUGGCUACAUCACCCAAGGAGAAACAACAAUCAUAAUGAAAUGUCACGACCGAACCUUCAAAACCGUCACCAUUCUCACCUCUGACAACAGACCUCUAUUCACCGUCGACGGCAAAGGUUCCGGCUCCAUCAGCUGGCAACGCACCAUCAGAGGCACCGAUGGCGUCGCACUCUUCGACCUCCGUCACCCAAACUGGGGUAUGAAGAAUCUCUGGACUGUCAAGAGACCCAGCGGUCGCGAUCUCUGCUCUUUGAAACACGUGGAGUUUCUCGGAAAGGCCAGAAGUGCGCUUGACAUGACUGUGUUCAAUGAAUCUGAUAUCGGAGCUGAGGUCAUGGUUAAGAUUCAACCGAAAGAUGCGAGUGCGCUUACGACUGUCGUUAGAGUUGGGGAGGUCGCGAUUGCGGAAAUUAGAAUUGUGGAGGAUAAUGACGUUAUUGAUUUGACGGGGAAGGAUAGGACGGUUUGGCAAGCUAGAAUUGCGGGAGGUAUUGAUCUUGGUUUGAUUGUGGUUGCCAUGCUCUGCCGUGCGGAGAUGAAUCACGUUUGGAGACAAUAA